CAGACAGCUGCGUGUCGGGGGGCGCAGCUGGCCGGGCCUUCGUCCGACAGGGGCGUCUGCAUGACUGCUAACCCCGCGCGCUUCGACUGCGGCCCAUAUAAAGCUUAGAGUAUUAUACAAGUUAUUUAUUCCUCGCAGAUGUAUAUAAGCGAAACCACAAUCGAAACCAAUCGAUCGCACACCCCUAUCACACUCGAUCCUAGUUUCCUUCGCAUACACGACCUGCUCGACGCUAAUUGCUCUACUGAUAGAGCGUAUUCAAGCGACUAGAAUCCCAUCACCUAGCGACAUUAGUGCUCAGCGCUGCACAUACAAGCUAAGGCGCCAUGCUUUACAAAGGCCUUCUAGCGUCAGUGCUUAGCACACUGCUAAUCACGUCGCUCGCGCAAACUCCUCCGCCUUACGGGUCGAGCUCUCCGCCACCCACGUAUGGCUCUACGCCACCUUCGAGCCCCGCGCCCCUAUAUGGCUCCACACCGCCUCCCUCUCCUGCGCCCUCGCCAAGCCCUCUGCCGUCAUCUGCGUCACCAAGCCCCCAACCGUCACCCUCAGCUUCCCCAGCUGUCGUGACCCCCACCCGCAGCUUUGCCGGCUCGGCUCAUUUCCUCGGCCCCGCAUCCGGAUGCGAGGGCACAUCCAUGGAUGGAUUUGGCUCUGCUGCCCUGAGCACCACCACCGCCGCCGGCGCCUUCAGUGGGACCGCCAACCCGGCUGCCCUGCAGGUCUUCGCCACGCUGAACGCCGGCACCUCCUCCACCUGCGUUGAUGCCUUCACCGGCCUGCCGCUGCCCUUUGCGCUGUUCGGCGUCCUGAAUGCCGCCGCCUCCGGCGCCUCGCCUGUCAUGCCCAUGACGCCUGUGACCCGCCUCCUCGAGAACUCCCCGGCCGCCAUGUCCGCCGCCGACCCCCUCACGGCCGCGUACGCGAUGGUGGGCGUGGCGGGCGCCCUGCCCACCGGCUCCCUCGCCGCCCUCUCCAGCGCAUCCCGCGCUGUACGGCUCAUCGGCGUGCGCAUGCUGUUCGCCGACGCCGCGCUCUCCUCCGCCGUCGUCUCUGCCACCGCCGCGCUGGCCGCGAUGUCAUCAGCCGGCACGCUGCCCAAGUGCGCGGCCGCCGAUGCGCGCGCCGCCGCCGUGUACGCCGCUAUGGGCUCCCUCGCCUCCACCUCCAGCACCACCUCUUUCGACCUCUCCGCCGCUGGCCUGGUCUCCAAGCUGGUUAUCUCUGCCGCCUCCCGCUCCUGCGAGGCCACCUCCGCCACACUCGCCUCCGCCGACGUUGCCGCCCUGGCGCAGCAGGCUGACGCCCUUCACCAGGCCGCAGUCGCGUCCCUGUCGCUCACGACGCCGCUCGGGGCCGCCGCCGGCGGCGCCGCGAUCGACCUGGCUUCUGUCAUGCCGCUGACGGCUCUGGAGGCCGCGGCCCGCGCGCUGUACGUGGUGCAGGCCAAGGGCACUGCCGCCGUUGCGGCUGUCGCUUCUGGCAACGCCCAGGCCGUGGCGCAGCUUGUUGCAGGCUUCGCCACCGAGCUCGCCGCCGCGCCGGUCAACGCCGCCGCCAUGGCUGCCGCCAUCACCGCCGUGCCCGCGCAGCCUGCGCCUGCCGCCCUGCGCCUGGCUGCCCGCGCCGCCGGCCCCCUGACUGGCUGCGCCGCCACCGUCCGCGACCUGUACCUGCGCCAGACCCAGACCGCCACCACCGACGACAAGGGCGCCGCCACCACCACCCUGCCCGUUAGCGGCGUGCUGGUGUCCCUGCCCGCCGGCUGCCGCGACGCCGCUCUGUCUACUUCCACACGCACCUCCGUGUCCACCUUUGCGCUGUCGGUGCUGCUGCCGCCUGGCAUCGAGUCGGCGGCCCUCAACCCCGCCGCGGCGCUCGCCACCGCCCUGUUCCUGUACAAGGCCGGCGCCUCCGACACCUUUCCCUCCCGCGCCAUCGCCCCCAGUGACUUCGCGCUCAUCUACAGCGCCUUCAAGCUCGGCCUUGCGGGUGCCGCAGACGAGCUGCCGGCCAGCGCGGACUUCGUGCGCCAGAACUUUGGCAACGCCAGCGCCGCCGCGGCUGUGCUGGGCACGCGUGCCUACCUGCUGAACCUGCGCCUGAGCGCUAUGGCGGGACCCACCUCGGCCUUCCUGGCGGGCCUGACGGGGGGCCAGGUGGAUGCGGCGGCUGCGCAGAUGAUGGCGGCCUUUGCCCGCGACCUGGCGGCCGGCAACUUCACCGUCACCAGCUCCGCCUCCACCUCUGCUGACGGCUCCACCUCUGACGACACGAGCACCUACCUGGCAAAUGCCAUGAUGCAAGUGUACCAGAAGCACCAGGAGCAGCACUCCAGCCGCCGCCAGCUGCUGCAGAGCGCCACCCUGACCACUGACCAGCUGACGGCGCUGAUGGCCUCGGCCGCCCAGGUAGUGGCCGCCUCCACCGCCCUGCUCACCCAGCUGGACAAGCAGGUGGCGUCCGCCGCCGCCGCCGGCUCGCCGCUGGACGCCGCUGUCGUGUUCCGCCAGGCCGCGCAGGUGGCGUCCGUGCAGCAGACCGCGCUAACCGCCGCGCUGGUGCAGCUGGCGGCCGCCGCGGCCUCGGGCAACGCCUCCGAGGUGGCGGCGCUCAGCAACAAGAUGGCCUCCGACUUCACCGGCACUGCCCUGUCCGCUGCGGUGCAGAGCGCCGCUGUGAGCCAGGCCGCGCUCACCGACAUGCUCGCCUCGAGCGGCAUCAGCACGCAGCCGUCGGCGCCGGCAGCGAGCUCGAGCGGCAGCAGCAGCAACGUGGCCGUGAUCGUUGGCUGCACCGUGGGCAUUGUGGGCGGCGCGGCGGUGAUUGCCGGCGUUGCGGCGUUCAUGAUGCACAGGCGCCGCGCGGCGCAGAAGAUUUCGCACAAGACUGACGGCGGCGUUGAUGUUGCCUACGCGCCGACGGGUGCCGCCGCUGUGGGCGUUGCUACUCCGAUGUCUGCUGCUGGUCCCGCGACAGAUGUGGAGAUGGGGGCAGCUAAAUAGGUCGGCAGUCAUUGUGCGUGGUCACUCUCCCGGGUGCAUAUGUAUCGUCUGACAGAUGCCGUGACUGGUCACCUCUGAUUGCGUAAAUGGAUGAGUUGCACGUGUUCUUGCAGCUGGCAUGUGUGUGUAUGAACUCUAUUGUUUCAUCGGGAACUACCGUGGUGCAGGUUUGCCGCACGGUGCAGGUACGUAGGUGCAUAUGCGCUUCCUCGGACCACCUACAACCUACCUGGUAUGGACACGUGACUCCAGUAUUGCUCAUGACAUGAGCCAAUUCAUGCUGCUGCUUUCGAGUGUUUGGAUCUUGGACACUGGAUAGAUGGUCCUGCGGGCACAUAACGUUUACUUGUGGUGUCACUUGAGAGUGCGAGCAUGAAUAACAUAUGCGCCACCGCUGCAAGUGCGGUGCGUGACGCAAUCAUGUAGAGGAAGUUGACAUUCGCGCUAGCUGCGCUGCCAGCGCUCGCCGAACGGGUGAGCGGCGCGGCAACGUCUGGGUGCUGAGACGUGUGUGCUCGUCCUUACUUGUUUAAAUGUGUGACAACGCGUCUACAUAUGUGUGACUACAUAACACUGCAACACAUGUACACGAGCCAUGAACCCUGGUCUGGGGCAUGGCACAUGGCGUGAAUGGGAGACUGUGAAUGCAAGAGACUGCUACGUGCGUGUGAAACGCGUACAAUAAUAAAGCGCCCAAGCACGUCUAUUUAUCUUAGCUUGAUGCCUUUUACCGUUUGCCUUCAAUGCGGUCAAGACACGACGUACGGGCGCGUACAGUUGGAGCAAGUGCAGUUGCAGGAUAGCACGUGCUUGAUUGCUUCCGAUGGCUGGUGGGUGUCACCAGUGCCGCAGGUUUCUGCUGUGUGUAUGUACGGUAACUGAUUGGUACAAUGGUCGUGCCUGUGUCGUCC